AUGCCCUGCUCAAACAAACUGAAGCGAACAUUAUCAAACGCAUCCUCGAAUGCCUCCUCUUCCUCAUCCUUUGUGUCCGUUGACACAGCCAUAUCCAGCGACACGUCUCCUCCCGCAAGCCCGAAGAAUAGGGCAUCGGUUCCGCGCAGUCGAGGUCCAGUCCCUUCCACCUCAUUGACGAGAGGUACCCCGACACAGGAGUGCUCUUCUUUCGCGAGCCGCGGUUCGAAAGCCACCAAUACGGUUCGAAGACCACACAGCCAGACCAAGCAACAGGCAGAGUUGCCAGGUCCAUGUCCGAAACAAUGCGUGUGCAGCGUCACUGGAGGAAGUCCUGAUAAGACUAGAUUGGAGAACCCGCAAGAUGAUGGCAGAAUGACACCUGAGGAGAAUCGUACCCUUGACACGUCGAAGAUAUUAAACCGAGCCACUGAUUUGUUGGAAGAGGUCAAAAGAAGGUCCGAAAGCGAGGCGAGUUCUCGGUUGGAGAUCGAGAGCCAGCAUGAACAAGAGAUAAGCCGUCUUCGCAAUAAGAUUGAGAGCUUGGAAAGGGCCAAAAAAAAAGCCGAAGAAAUUCAGACAGAGCAGGCUGAUAAAAUCCAAGAUCUCAGAGCGGAACUCGAAGAGAAGGGGGAAAAAAUCACUUGCCAGAAGAAAGAAAUGGAAAGUUACUGCAUUUUGAUGGAAAACAAACUCCGCGUGGCACAGGAGAAGGAAAGCCAUUUGCGCGUGGAUUAUGAGAGGUUACAAAAGGAAAACGACGAAUUAGAGACUAAACUGCAGGAGGAAAAAGCAAAAACAACUAAGGCCUUAGAGGCUGAGGCGCAAAGCAACCAUGAUCUGAAUCGAGCUCACGAAACUGUUCGGGAAUUGGAAAUGAAGUAUGGGGACUUGGAGACGGACAACGCAUCACUUCGAUCUCAAUUCAAGCAUCUUUCCACUCGCCACUAUUCGCUCCAACAAACGAAUGCCAUCCACAUGUUUCAAAUUCGAUACUCAAAGGCGAGAGUACUGCAGCUGACGACACGUUACAUUGCCCUUCGCUGGAGGAAUAUAGUGUCACUCAGAAAUCUGCGCCGGACCAAGGCAGGCUUUGAUGAGCUCAAAAGCAGAUGCGACAAAUUGGAGAAUGAACAAAAGGAGAAAUUGGAGGCAGAGAACCUGAUUCGAUUUCUGUCCACUCGAAUUUCUCUUGUCAGAAUGAACUACAACAUUUUGCAAAGACAGCACAUUACGCUUAAGAUAAGAAACAAGGAUCUCCUAGCGAGUCAUGACUCUAGUCAGACGCAACUUAAUGAAUUGCGAGAAGAGAAUGCCUCGCUUUACUCUCAGAUCCGAGAUUCCAACAGAACCGGACGCAUUGCCUUCAUGCGGUACAUUGUCAUGCGGUGGAAGAUGAGUAUGCUAUCCACUCGUCUCCAACGGUCCAGAGCAGACUGUGAACGUCUGAGGGGCACCAAUAAAAGGCUGGAGACCGUGAUUGCCUCACUCCAGCAAAGGAUGCAUGGUCUUGAAACAGAGAAUAUCGGGAUGGAGAGGCAGAGCAACAGAGACGACGAGGUCAUCCAUGGAUUUCUAGCUCUUGUUCUGCUAAUCAGUCAACUCCAACAACAGUCAUAUGAAAGACAAAGGCUGAAUAAACAGCCUGUUACAGGUCCAACUCCAGCACAGCUCGAUGAGUCCAGCCGAGAGGGAAAUGAGUCUGGUCAGGGAUCUCUCGACAAAGGGCGCCACCGACAUGUUUACACCAGAGAGAGACGGUUUCGCAAGCACGGGAUGUAA